AUGACGACUGUCGAAGUGGCCAGAGAUGGAGUGGCGUUGUUGUACUGCGCAAUCAUAUUGCUCGUGUUGAGUUGGAUCGUCUUCUCCAUGAGAGUCGGGGUACGGAUGUGGAGGAAAGCGUGGGGCAUGGAUGACUACUUCAUGCUCGUCGGAACUAUUCUCUUCUCAGUGACAGCUGCUCUUUGCAUCGUCUGUUGUCACUAUGGCUCUGGACAGUUCGCACGAGAGCUGCCCACGGUGACAAUAUCCAAAGGAACAAAGCUCUUCUACAUCGCAGAGUACUUCUACGCAGUCAGCGCCAUGUUCGUCAAGAUCAGUGUUGCAGUAGCGCUUCUGCGCAUCGCUGUUGGUCGUCGCUUCUUCACGUGGGCUUUAUGGGCGCUGAUUGGUGCUACCAUGGUUGCUGCUUUAGUCUUCUGCAUAGGAAUUGCAAACAUCUACUUUAGUCUCUCGAUCAUGCCGGCUAUUCUGCUUUGGAAUGUCCAGAUGAAGGGAGCUGUGAAAGCUUCAGUUGCUGUCAUGCUUGCGCUCGCUUCUUUUGCCUCAUGUGCUACCAUCGUCCGCCUCAAGUACCUCACACUCUACAGUGACCCUGGCGAGUUCAUGUACAGUACGGGCAAAAUCGGCUUCUGGUCCUUGACCGAAGUCGGCAUUGGCCUCAUCGCCGGUUCGCUACCUCCUCUUCGCCCUCUCCUAUCCCUGCGCAUUAGGGUAUCCGCCGGCUCCAAUACUCCUGCUGCAUCUGGCGGACAAGCAUACCAAUCUGGAAUAAACAAUCGGCAGCCCACCUCGCGCUCCCGCGUGAUAGCCAUGGACACGUUCCAGACCUUGGGCGACAACGACGAGGCCGAUAAUAGUGAUGGAGACUCUCAGAAGAAUAUCAUAAAGGAGACGAAGUUCACAGUAACUUCGGUCAUUGCUGGAGGUCCUCGAGACCCGGGGCCUAUGGCUUGGGAUCGUAAGGAGGGAAGCAACGUCUGA